AUGAUCAGAUCAGAUUCCAGAAGGGAGCUGCGACCCUACCAGUGGGAGGUGAUCAUGCCUGCCCUGGAGGGCAGGAAUAUCAUCAUAUGGCUGCCCACGGGGGCUGGGAAGACCCGGGCAGCUGCUUAUGUGGCCAAGAGGCAUCUAGAGACUGUGGACGGAGCCAAGGUGGUCGUACUGGUCAACAGGGUGCACCUGGUGACCCAGCAUUGCGAGGAGUUCAGCCGCAUGCUGGACAAACGCUGGGCCAUUACAACCCUGAGUGGGGACAUGGGGCCACGAGCUGGCUUUGGCCACCUGGCCCGGAGCCAUGACCUGCUCAUCUGCACAGCCGAGCUGCUACAGAUGGCACUGACCAGCCCCGAGGAGGAGGAGCACGUGGAGCUGAACGCCUUCUCCCUGCUUGUGGUGGAUGAGUGUCACCACACACACAAAGACACCGUCUACAACAUCAUCCUGAGCCGGUAUCUACAGCACAAACUCCAGAGGACACGGCCCCUGCCCCAGGUGCUGGGUCUCACAGCCUCCCCAGGCACUGGUGGGGCGUCCACACUUGAUGGGGCGAUUGACCACAUCCUGCAGCUCUGUGCCAACCUGGACACGUGGCGCAUCAUGUCACCCCAGAACUACCGCCCCCAGCUGCAGGAGCACAGUCCUCAGCCCUGCAAACAGUACAACCUCUGCCACAGGCGCAGCCAAGUGAGGAUCUACUACACUGUCUCCCGGGGGCCUGUGGUCAUCGACAGAACCUUCAAGGACUGGAAGCCUGGGGGUGCCAUUCACUGCAGGAACUGUGGGGAGGCCUGGGGUCUGCAGAUGAUCUACAAGUCAGUGAAGCUGCCAGCGCUCAAAGUUCGCAGCAUGCUUCUAGAGACACCCCGAGGGAGAGUCCAGGCCAAGAAGUGGUCCCGCGUGCCCUUCCUCGUGCCUGACUUUGACUACCUGCAACACUGUACCCAGAACCUGUCUGACUUCACCCUGGAUUGA